GCAAUUACACACCCCAUCAUCAUGUCUAGCAAGGAAGAAACCGUACCGAACCCACUGGAUGGUGAACGGGAAACUCAUCGAGAAAUUUGCCGUGCACUCAACAUCGAUGCGGAUACGGAGAAGCAAUCGUGGUGUUCGUACGAACGAGCACGCAGUCAGUACGAUCUUACGGUAAACCCGAAGCACUGGAUGUGUUGCUCGCUGUACGUAGCCUGCCUUCAGGAGCUACCGGCCGUCGGUCAUCCGAACCACUUGAUACAGGGCAACGGGGUGAACAUUACAAACUUGCUGUCGCAGUGCAGUAUCAACAUCCAACAAUUUUUCGACAAUGUGUCACAAUGGGCCGAGAUUCGUUCGCUGCCAACUCACCUGCAGCUGGAGGUGGAGAAAUUGAAACACGCGUUUUCCGUCGCGUACCGUACGUACUCCGUGUACCGUGAGGUGUUCCCACGCAUCUUCAACGAAGCCAACAUCGUGCCGGACGAGCCGAAGCGCAACAAGAAAUCGAAGCCAAAUCCCUGCUCGUACAACAAGCUUCGCGAGUUUGGCUGGCUGCUGUUUCUCACCGUAAAGGAGCAGCACAAUGAGCAUAGGCACGAUUUAACCACCGCAAUCGAUCUGUGCGUGUGCGUGAUAGAUCUCAUCUAUCGAAAUGUGGUCGCUGAGGAUCGCAUGGAUUUGGUUAACCCGAACGUACUGAGUGAGGCUGGCACCACGAUCGAUGGGACAACUGAAGCGGCCGAAGCAGCGAAGCGCAUCAACAUACCAGAGCUACUGUGCGUUGAUUGUCCGACCAUGGUUGAGAGUGUGGAAGAAACGAAUCUUAACAUCUUUCUCCCAUCACUGUCGGUGAUGCACGAUGGAAGGGAUCUGUUAGCGAAGCGGGUGACAACCGACACUGGAGCAACGACCUACAUGGGUCUGGUGUCGGUACCGAAUUUCGAGGAAAAUCUUAAGCUCUUUAACCGCCGCUACGAACGAAGCAUCCUGCGGUGUGGCAUGUUGGACGAACGAAUCGCACUGAACAGUCGCAGUUCGCCCACGAGUCAGCAGCGGAAUCGCUGGUGCGCCCAUCCCUAUACCCCGCUUAGCAUCAAGGCGGCCCAAAGUGGUGCUGCCUCCAGCGUGAAUCGUGUUGGAUUCGCCGCGGAUUUGUCAACUAACGGUGGUGCGUUCGUUGUGCGCGGCACACACACGCAACUUUUGAAGAAAAUUCAGGGCCACAUUCCGGGCCAUCCGCGAGAAUCGUUUCUAGCGCUGAUGCAAAACUGUACGCCCAGCCCACUGCCGACCGUGCUGGAGCACGUGGUGCGGAUGCGGCAGCGAUUUGUCAGCAAGCUCACCGAAAACGAAGGCUGGAAUGGACGGUCGGCUGAGAGCCGGUUCGUUGCGAUCGAGGCACUGUACUACCAGCUGUUGGAGAACAUCAUACCGUGGGAGCUGAAGAAGCGCCCAUUGAUGCCGGUAUCGAAGGCGAUCUUUGACUUGUGCUCGAACAGCAUUUUCAACGAAACGCUGAUCGUGUGCGGGGCCGAGGUGAUUUUCUUCCUGCGGCAGGAGCAGCACAACUUUCCCUGGAUUUUGGAAGUGUUCGGCAUGGAACCGUUUCAGUUCUUCAACAUCAUCGAGGUGACGGUAUCAUCGAACAGUGACAUCUUCACAUCGGACAUUGUUAACCAUCUGCGGAGGAUUGAAGAACAACUUGUUGAUUCGAUCAGCUGGAAAAGCUCGUCGGUAUUGUGGGAAUGUAUGGAGAAGGAAAAUUAUCAAAUUCCGGAAAACAAGGACGUUGAGCAGCGAGCCGCUAUUGCCGGCGUAACGCCACUGAAGGCUGAUUCCAUGCCCAACACACCGAACGGUACCCGUGGUGGCAGCUCAUCCGGCGUGGCAGGUUCUUCCGGUGCCGGUCCUUCAGUAGCUUCGACGGUACCUUCAACUACUGGCCGCCCAGUGCCGCAUCCAGACUCGGCGAAGAAAAAGCUUUUCGUUGAUCCUCCCGCAACCCCCUCAAAAGUGGCACCAGCUUCUUCAAUGUCCACUACGAUGGCCGUUGCUGCCGCUGGAUCAGCAUCUGCAGCAUCGUCCGCUUCGUCGUCCGAGAUGGCCAAUGCGCCAGGUCACGGUACAAGCAAUGACUCCCAGUCGAUCUCAUCGUUUAGUUCUCCCCAGCGCUGCGCAAACGAUAAUAAUCCACCGUCGAUCGAAACACGCCGAUUAAACUUUUUCUUCCGCAAGAUGUACCAGGUCGCGUACGAGCGGCUGUGCAAUCUCUGCCAGAAUCUUGGCAUCGUUUCGGAAGAAAUUCAAAAGCUAAUCUGGACAAUACUGGAGUUUACGAUCACCAAAUGCUCGAAGGAGCUGAUGCGUGAUCGUCAUCUGGAUCAGCUGCUGAUGUGUGCCGUGUUUGUGACGAUACGCAUCAAGAGGCUGUCGAACACGUUCAUGCAGAUCAUGCGUUGCUACCACAGUCAGCCCCAGGCGAACAGUUCCAUCUAUCGGAGCGUAUUCAUUCGGUACGAAAACGGUACCCCACCGUCGGAGGAAAACGGUGGAGCAAAUGGUGGUGAGCAGCAGCAGGAACAGGCGGGUGAAACCGAACGGUUGCCAGUGACGGAAAUGUCCGGCACGUCGGUACAGUACGAUCGGGAAGUGUACGGUGAUAUCAUCAAGUUCUACAACGACAUCUACGUAAGGACGGUGCACCAGCUUGCUUUUCAGUAUUACAACACAGACAUUUCCCAGGCAUCCUUAUUCCUGUCCCCAACGCCCAAAUCGCAAGUGCGUAACAUACAGAAAUCGCCACGCCAGAUCAGCUCCGGAAUCAAUCUGUUCGUUUCAACCACAAGCAAAAUUGAAUCGCUGAAAGACUCGCCGAACGUUCGUGUGAUUACCUUUCCCUCGAGCCCCGGUCAAAGCCCAACGAUACACGAUCGUAAAGUACCGGUGCUGGUACGCGAAAAGCCAGGCGAUACGGUUGUUCGCAAGCUAAUCGAACCAGCCGCAUUCGAACCGACGCUACCAUCGAAGCUGAGACGUUUGGAUAAAAUCCACCAAGAGCGACAGCAUCAGGAUCACGAAUCGUCGGAAAACGAGUAG